GAAGCCCUGCCACAUGGGUGUGCGCUGCAUCAACACCUCUCCAGGGUUCCGCUGUGGCCCCUGUCCCACUGGCUACACCGGCCCCCGGGUGCAGGGAAUAGGCCUCUCCUACGCCACUAACAACAAACAGGUCUGUAAGGACAUCAAUGAGUGCGAUGGACCCAAGAAUGGAGGUUGUAUGGAAAAUUCCAACUGUGUGAACACACCUGGCUCGUUUAAGUGUGGCUCCUGUAAGGCAGGCUAUGUGGGGGAUCAGCGCAAGGGCUGUAAGCCUGAGAGAGCGUGUGGUAAUGGCCAGCUCAACCCCUGCCAUGCCAGCGGAGAGUGCAUUGUCCAACGAGAUGGGAAAAUAGAGUGUCAGUGUGGGGUGGGAUGGGCUGGCAAUGGCUACUUCUGCAGCUCUGACAUUGACAUUGAUGGCUUCCCUGAUGAGAAACUGGAAUGCACCGAGAGGAACUGUGCCAAGGACAACUGUCUAACAGUACCCAACUCUGGCCAAGAGGAUGUAGACAAGGAUGGCAAAGGAGAUGCCUGUGAUGAGGAUGCAGAUGGCGAUGGAAUCCUAAAUACACAGGACAACUGUGUGCUGGUACCAAAUGUCAACCAAAGAAAUGUGGACGAAGAUGACUUUGGAGACGCCUGUGACAACUGCCGUAUGAUCAAAAACAACGACCAGAAAGACACUGAUGUUGAUAGACUGGGUGACGAAUGUGACGAAGACAUUGAUGGCGACAGAAUCCCCAAUAAUCUGGACAACUGCAAAAGGGUUCCCAAUGCUAACCAGAAGGAUCGAGAUGGGGACAAAGUCGGAGAUGCUUGUGACAGUUGCCCCUAUGUUCAAAACCCUGACCAGUUGGAUAUGGACAACGAUUUGAUCGGAGACCCUUGUGACACCAAUAAGGACAGUGAUGGUGACGGUCACCAGGACUCUCAGGACAACUGCCCUGCAGUCAUCAACAGCUCCCAGCUGGACACGGACAAGGACGGCCUGGGGGACGAGUGUGACAAUGACGAUGAUGAUGAUGGUAUUCCUGACCUUCUGCCCCCGGGACCGGACAACUGUCGCCUCAUUCCCAACCCUCUGCAGGAGGACUCUGACGGUGAUGGUGUUGGGAAUGUGUGUGAGAACGACUUUGACAACGACACCAUCAUCGACAGCAUCGAUGUGUGCCCGGAGAACGCCGAGGUCACUCUCACAGACUUCAGGGCCUACCAGACAGUGGUGCUGGACCCAGAGGGAGACGCACAGAUAGACCCUAACUGGGUGGUGCUCGAUCAGGGAAGAGAGAUCGUCCAAACUAUGAACAGUGACCCUGGACUGGCUGUUGGUUACACAGCUUUCAACGGUGUUGACUUCGAAGGGACUUUCCAUGUGAAUACCGUAACGGACGACGACUAUGCAGGGUUCAUCUUUGGCUACCAGGACUCUUCCUCCUUCUACGUGGUGAUGUGGAAACAGGUUGAGCAAAUCUAUUGGCAGGCCAAUCCAUUCAGAGCUGUGGCAGAACCAGGGAUCCAACUGAAGGCUGUGAAGUCCAACACGGGACCAGGGGAGAAUCUACGCAACUCCCUGUGGCACACUGGCGACACCAGUGACCAGGUGAAGCUGCUGUGGAAAGACGUCCGCAACGUGGGCUGGAAGGACAAGACUUCCUACCGCUGGUUCUUGCAACACAGGCCCCAAGAUGGCUACAUCAGAGUGCGUUUCUUUGAGGGUCCUCAGAUAGUGGCAGACACAGGUAUCAUCAUAGACACCACCAUGAGAGGAGGCAGACUGGGUGUCUUCUGCUUUUCCCAGGAGAACAUAAUCUGGGCUAACCUACGCUAUCGCUGCAAUGAUACAACCCUCGAGAACUUUGACUCAUACCAAGUCCAACCCGUUCAGCUACAGUUCUAAUACAGCAUGCACACACCUCUGCCCAAACGAAGACUGGGAGGACAUUCCAUCUACACCCCCACAUUCUGGAACGCAUGGCUCCCAGCUGAACAGUGCAUGGUUGUGUCUGUAAUGGCACCCUAUCUCCUAUAUAGUGCACUACUUUUGAUUAAAGGCUAUAUAGGGCCCGAUUUGGACUUAAGAAAUGAUGCCUUUCUUAUGCACGCCUUUCAUACACACUUCUCAGUAGUUAGUAUUCAGACUUACCUUAUGAAGGUACGUAAAGGGCUUUGCAGGCAUGCUUCCCUUGUCAUUCAAUAGGGUUUUCAGUGCAUUUAUCUUAAGCCAUCUCUUUAAAUAUGGUGUAACUUUUAGUUAGUAUUUUGUUGACAGACUCAAUAGAAUAUAUUGAAUAUUAGUGAUCAAUGAAAGAAAGCCAUCUAAAUAUAUGCAUAUCAUUCUCUGUUUCAGCACCAUUUGGUAGAUUCAAAAAAUACUCUGAUCUUGUAGAUUAUUUAGGGUUAGGAAAGUAUUUAUGAAAUCAUAAAAACAGGUUUGGAGAGCCUUUACGCGGAAAAGAAGACAGUGGUUUGAUUCAUUCAGAAAAUUGCCACAUUGCUAUUUAACCCAUGGUAAUGUUGGAAGAUUAGUGUACAUAGAAUUAUAAUAGGGAGAAUAGUGUACAAUAGUAGACAAUACCCUCGCUUGUUGCCUGCACUAGCCAUGGUACGGUGUGAUGACAGCCGAGUAUUUGCGCCAUGCGUAGGCUUCAAACUGUUAAUGCCUGGUCUGCACUCCGCUCCAUAACGAUUUAAUUGGCCUAACUGUUACUAAUGAUCCUCAGCAACAACCACAUGGCCAUGACAGUGUUUACAGAGGAAGCAAAUGCAGGUAAACAAAACGAUGUAAUUAAAUGGAAUGAUAAUGUAUGCUAUACCAACUGAAGGGAACUAACAGUAAACUGGCAGUUGAAUGUGUGUUAUUAAGCCUACUGACGGUCGAUACUGAUAGUGGCUAAUAUUUAACAUGAUAGAAAUAGGAAACAGAAAGUCGUGGUAGCCUAUAAUUAAGACAUCCGAGUGCCCAGCUAUGAGAGUUAAAAGGCUGUGCAAUUUAAAUUCUGCAUAAUAGCACGGCCCUUCAUAAACUUUACUUUGGGAAAGUUGAUAUGCUUCAGUUUGAAGCCAUAUAUGACUGGUUUCACAUUUAUCUCCAGCAAUUGGAAGGUAAAAUAUAUCUAAAACAAGUGUAAUUUAUAUUUAUAGUUUCCUUAUCCAGACAGAUUACACAUUUAACUAGCGCUUAUCAAGUUGUAAAUGACAGUGCAUGGAGAAUGGUGUUAUUUCUAUUGGAAAAAAUAAUGUAAUGCUUUUUCCACUUGAAACCGGUAGGUUCGCUAGACCUUAUUCAUUAUUUCCUCAUAUGUAAAAGGUGGAAGAAUUAUUAGGGAAUUAAGUCAAGGUCAGAAUACAGCGUCUGUUGACACACCAUCAUUUAUUUGAUCUCCACCCAAAACAAAUAGCAGGUGAACAGCAUGCUAUUCUCAUGCUUAAGUUCAAGGUCAGAAUAAGCAUAGAGAAAAGUGCAUAAAAAUGGAAUUACUACGUUCCAUUUAAGCACGCUUAACUCGGGUUGGAAUUGGGCCCAUAGAGUAUUUUUUUUUAGAAGGACCCUGUGAGAUGUGACUCAGCAAAAUGGAGGCUGCCAUAUUGGUCACCACCAGCAAUGACAACAUUUUCCGGUGACAUUUGCUCCCCAAUAAUUCCAGUUCUCAGGGGACUUUUCUUUAUGUCUACUACUACUCUGUCAACAAUAUAGAAAUAUGAGGAUAGUUGUGUGUGUUUUGAAUAAUCAGGGUGUGGACAGAAAAUGUGUAUUACAUUGUGAGCGGACUAACUCU